UUACAUGCAGAUUGUACCACUGCCUCCAGUUUCCUUGGCAUGACAAACAGGAAAAUUCGUGACACUGACAUCACAGCAUCCUCAGAAUUAGAUUUAAAUUCCUCAGCAUCAAAUGCAAGACUAAAUAACACAAAAUCUUGGGUUGCUGAUACAAAUGAUACACAACCUUGGAUACAAGUGAAUUUGGGAAAAAUUAUGAACAUUACCUCAAUCAGUACUCAAGGCUUUCCAGGUUCUGGCUUUGUUUCAUCAUUUUACUUCAGUUAUAAUGUCAGUGAAAUGGAGUGGUUGAACUAUACCAUUCAUGGAGGGUUAGUUAAGGUAAUCAUUUGUAAAAUAACUGUUGAAAGUUUCCAUGUGUGCUACAUGAUAUAAUAAAUUCUGCCGAGAGCAACUCUAGCUUCAUUAGUGCUCUCUAACUUUCCGUAGUGCAUCCAUAACUCGAUAUAAGCACGGCCAAAAGCAUGAGCAAAUUCUUUCAUAACACAGCUGACAAAAAUGCUUGCUUUUUGAUUAACUGCAAAAUUCUCGUAACAUGCAAAACAGAAAAACCAGAAAAACAAACGCUUCUAUUGGCUCAAGAGAUACAAACAGGCCAUGAUUGUCUAGUUUGAAAGAAAAUUCUUUCUGUAAAACUGGGUCGCUGAGAAAGAAAAUUUGCUUAUUUAUUCAUUAACGAUCAAUGGAAACUAAGCCGAAACAAAAGUAAAAGCAGAGUCCACCAAAAGUUAAAAUAGUCAUAUGUUCGUAAAAGGUCGUGGAGUAUGGUUUGGAUUCCCUAAAAAGAUGAUUUAUGUUUUGCUCGGCAAAAUCCGGAAAACUUGUUUUUUAGUACCGACGACUGUCGUCCUACUUUAUUUUUAUUCAUUUACUAACAAUGGCUGGUCAAUGGCUUCUUGAGAAUACCUGCUGGCAGCAGUGGUUUUUGUGAGUAAUACAUUUAUGUCUUCUUGUGUAAUUUGUCUUGUUAUUGCAAGAGAAAUUUUCCUUCUUCAGUCGGAUUGUUCGGUAAUAACAAAAGUGCAUGAAUAAUUUUUAUUUUUGCUAUUGAGCUUACUUUAUAAGCUUAUACAUGUAAUUAUGGUGUUUUGUACAGGAUAAACAAACACUAAAAAUAAAGGACACUUUAUACAAAUUGGAUAUUUCUUUUCCACCUGACUGUCAGUCCUUAUGGCAGACUUUUCAACGAACAGGCUGUAUUAUUGAUUUGCAAAACAUCUUCACCGCUCUUGCUGUUGGUUUGAGUGGCUAGAAGCUUAAUUACAAAUGCUAUGCUAGAAAGUUUUUCAUCAUUGCCGUCAAUUUUUGGGUACUUAGUACUUAGGAAAAGACACUAAAAACACACCUGAACACUUCAUCAUGAAAAAAAUCUUUAUACAGUGUAUGCAGGGUCUGCAUAAAUAAAGAUUUUGUUCAUAGUGGCUCAAUAGGUCUUACAUAGGGCAAGCAAGUACGCUAUGUUAUAAUUAAACUUUUAGUAUAAAGACAGAAAGUCAAAUGUUACUUUAGUUUCAGUACUGUUACAUUUAAUUUAGUGAUCCUCAAUGAGUGAAGGUGGAGAUCGUAUACUCCACUAUGCAUCUUACUUUCUAUGCUAUGUAUUUUCAAGCUGUACUUGUAGUAUAUUUGUCUUGGUCUCUGUCUGUGGUCUUAGGUUUUCUGGGUUCAGAAGACUAAAAUAUUAUAUCCUGUAGCUUAUAAUGGAACAUACAUUGUGAAUGUUUCUUUAGGUUUUUCAGGGUAAUACAAAUGAUAAUGGUACUAAGAGAGUGUUGGUCAAUCCCUUGGUGACAGCCCAGUACAUAAGAUUACAUCCAACAAACUGCUCUGGACACUGUGCACUUAGAAUGGAGUUUUAUGGCUGUAAAUCAGGUAUUAUUUAAUCGGUCAGUGUAAAACGCAGACUGCGGACUAUUGUUUUCACCAUGCAAAUGAGUAUGUGGCAACAAUAAUCCCAUUGUUUUGUAACCCUAAAAACAAUAGUCUGCAGUGAGUCCGCAGUGUACAUUUUACACUGUCCCAUUAUUUGAAGCCGUAAUUGGUUAAGCCUAAUUAUGAUCUGAAGAUUAUGGAGAUUCAGUGUGGAGGAGAGUGUUUCAUGUACAGUGUACUAGAAAUACAUGUAUCGCAGAAUCUCACGAUGCUCGGGGGUAGAGGCUCGUAAGUGUAACCGGGGAGAGUGGGUUUCAGAGAUAACUCAAUCUCCUUUUGGAUGGACUAAAGUUGAACCGAGUGCCCUGGCUUUAAAUAGGAUGUGGGAUUCAAAUGGGGUUGCUGUUGUAUUAAGGCAGCGUAGGCAAAGUUGUGAAGGUGUCGUGUUCACCCUAUUUGAUCGUCCUUCAUGUGUAGUUGUUGUCAGAAGGAAAUGCAGGUGUGACAGUGGAUGACUGCAGGCUAAUAUGUGGUGGGAUUUGCUAAAAUAACAGCUAAUGUAACUUGUGCCAUCUCCUACAAUGUAUAAUAAUAAAUUGAAAUAAUUACAGAAGUACUGUGACGUCACACUGGAUGCAGAUACGAACUGGAAAUGACCAAUACAAUUAUUGUAUAUUUAAACAAACAAAUAUACAUUGGUGGCCCAACAGACUUUGCAAGUUGCUAAGACCACGUGCGCCCCACGUGAUACUCGCGCGCUUUACGUACGACGAGAUUAUUAACUCACUCGCUUCACGAGAAAUAACAUCCUCCAAGAUCUGCAUGAUUCUUUAGAUCACACAAUAGCUGAAUGGAAACUAAGAAAUGGAAUUUUGAUAUUUUAAAUCACGAGUUAAGCAAUGAGGUUGAGUACAUGUACAAACCUGUACAUGUAUUAUUUGAAAAUUGUACAUGUAGAUGGGUGAGGACAAAACAUGGACCAGGGGCCCAUGGACCCCCUCUUUGGACCGGGUCCAUGGACCACUUUCAUGGACCAGGUCCAUGGACCCCCUGUCAUGGACUAGGUCCAUGGACAGUUUUUUUUAUUUUUAUAAGAAGGUCUUGCACCAGGUCCAAGGACACUCAAAAACAGAAAUAGUGUCAAAAAAAGAUUUGACGAGACGCUGUCGACCAAUGCUCACAAUUGAUCGCAAAUAUUUAGUUGUGCUCACAUGACGUACACUCUGCUUGCACAUGUGCAGUCGCAAGACUGUUAUUAAAAUUAAGCUAUUAAAUUCAAAAGUUAUCACCAAGAGAGGAAUUACACACUCCAGUACAAAUUAGACUCGCAUCACCCUUAGAAAAACAAGCUGGAGUUAAGAAUUCAUUGCUUUUAGAGCAAUCAUGACUGAGUCACAUCGCAAUUCUCCAUAGUUGAUGUAGCUUCAGUUUAAGCUACAAUCCAUGCCACUUCUUCUUCUUCAAGAUCUGGAAAUCACUAUCCGUGAGAAUUUAUAAUCGUCCUGCUAAAAGUGCUAAGGAGCUGGGCCCAGCGAGACAAAACAUUGCAGGAAAAAGUGACAUUCAUGCACAAAAAGCAAGUGGCUUAAUUAGAAUUGUUCAGAUCCAGGAUGCACUUUGGAGAAAUUAAACAACCUAAACCCUUUUAAUCAGCCGCAAUGAACAGCUUUACAUUUUAAAAGAGGUAGAAAAUCAAUAUGUGUUUCACGAUCUCUCAGUAUGAAAUAAGCGGCAAAAAUUCACAUUUGCUCAGUCAAAAGGUUUUCCUCUGAAGCAUAAUCUGCCCAUCAGAGAAAACAAUUCAUUGGAACAAGCAGCAUUUUGGUAUAAGGUACCGACCCCCCCCUUUUUUUACACUAUGUAUCACAAUUAAACAUUACUGAUCAAUCGAGCAUUGUUUGUUGUUAUUGUUGUUUUUUAACCUUUUUUUGCACUAUUUCUAUUUUUGUUCAUUUCUCAUUAUUAAAAAAAACUGUCGAUGGACCCGGUCCAUGACAGGGGGUCCAUGGACCCGGUCCAUGAAAGUGGUCCAUGGACCCGGUCCAAAGUGGGGGUCCAUGGACUCCUGGUCCAUGUUUUGUCCUCACCCCAUGUAGAUCAUACAAUCAGGUGAACAGAAAUCCAAAAAUAUAUGCAUAUUUUAAUUCUUUGAAAAUAAAUUUAUACUUUAAAUUAUUCUACAUGUAAAUAAUUAGCCUAAUACAUUUAGAAUCAUGCUUAUUAUUAUCCCAAUCAAUAUUAUGUUGCAGUUACAUCUGCACAACAUUUAUUAUCUGGUUCCUAUAAGUAAACAAGUAAUCUGACUGUGUUUUACCCUGAUACACUGUAGAUCCAACUAUAGGGCUUCCUGGUCAACCACUUUCCCUGAAACAGAUUUCUAUUUCGUCAUCCAUGAUCAACAUCACAUGGGAUCCACCCAUUGACAUUGGUGACGGCAUAAAAGGUUACACUGUAAAAUGGCAGGAAGUAAAUGGAACAUCUCGCUCAAUGCAAAAAGUUGUUCCACUUUUAAGUUUUAAUUCAGCACCACUUACUGUUACACCAUACACAUGGUAUAACAUUCAUGUGCAAGCCUACAACGACGAGGGGAUUGGCCCUUGGUCUAAACCUUUUAGAGUACAAUCAAGUGAAUCAGGUGAGUUUAAUACUAAAUUCUGUUCACAUGGUUAUACUUUGAUUGUUAUUUUCUUUUGAUCAAGAUGCAUGAUUCUUGAGGCAGUUGAGGUUCUAUUUCCACUUGUCAGUCACAUCACAUCUCAGAAUAGACCAUUAAUUUACAGUUGUGGGUUUAUUUCCCCAGCCGUUGAGUGAGGUUGAGGUUGAUCUUGUGUCAAUAAAAACCUCCUUUGUUUUAUAACAAUUGUGUUUAAAAAAAAUACAUUUGUAGUUUAAGAAUAGCAUUAUUUGCAUUUAAAAAAAGCAGGAAGGGUUGUAUCUUUUUUCUUCUAGUUUAGAUAGUAUGUAUUGUAAUAUUUUGACAUGUCUUUUGCAUACAGCUGUAGUUAGUAUAUUUGGUAAUUUUAGAUUAUUAUGUAUUUAUUUAACAUAGUUUAUCAGGUCCACAUCAGCUUAUGCUGCCAUCUCUCAACGUGCUUUAUCAGAUAAAGCAUGUAUGUGUACAUGUAUGUAUGUACGGUAUGAAUGCAUGCAGUGGCUGUAAGUUUGUUCUAUUUCAGUACCCUCUGCCGCACCAGCAAACUUCACUUUGAGUUCCAGUUCUCCUCUUUCACUAACUGCAUCAUGGGAUGCCAUACCUGUCAAGCAACAACAAGGAAAGCUGCUGGGUUACCAAGUCUUCUACAAGAAGGAGGGAUCUGGCAAUGAACAAAAUGGGACUGUUGGACCAGAUCAGCUCAAUUACACAAUUAUUUACCUUGAGUUAGCAAGUUACUCUGUUAGAGUAGCUGGGUUUACUGCAGUCGGUAUUGGCAAUUCCACUGUGGUACUGACAAAAACGCCCAAUGAAGGAGGUUAGGAAACGGCACAUUUAAGGUUGCUGAUGCAUGUUAUUGUUUUAAAUUGACUUGAUCAAACAACUGUAGUUAUCUUAGAAGCUUAGAUACAUGUACAAUGUUUGUAUGCAUCUUAUUAUUUUACUAGUUAUAGUUGACUCUACAACUGCCCCAACUCUGUAUUGAGUCCGUCAUUGCAGCCUUGGUGUUUGUGUAGCUCUUUGAAAUUAACCGUUCAUGUUGAGGAUUUUCACAGAUAAACAGACAAUAGGUGAAACGUAAAGCAGGAAACGCAAGAUUUCAUGCACUGAGUCAUGUCGAUCAGUACGCAGCGUCGAUCAAAACAUUCUCGGUGUUUCGACAAUUUUUUCACACGCGUCCUAAUCUAAUUCAUUUUAUUAAAUUUUCUGACUAAAACGGCAUACAUCAGAACAGAAUUUAACUGUACCAGUUCCGGUAAUUUCUUUAAUUGUCUACCCUGUGAGCAGAGUCUACAUUUUCGCGGUGUGAGCCGCUGAGCGAAAAGUACGACUACGCACUUCACUCACACUGCGAAAAUGUAGCCUCUGCUCCUAGGGUAUAUAGAAACUACGUUUUACCUUGAUUUACUCGUUCGCUUAGGAAAACUUGUUUGUUUAAAUCGUUUCCAAUCAAAGAUUUUUGAAUGAUAGCGGAACUCCACGUGCGCGCGAAGCGCGCCCGAACGUAGUCUCAUACCUAAGAAAAUAUGGUAAUCUACCCACCUGAGAAAUUAUUUUUGGUAAUCACAUGACCUUACGCCCGUCUGCCCGCCCGCCGUCCAUCAUCACCACAGAAAUACCAAUGUAAAAUAACUCAAUCGACAGGUAUGGCAACUCAAAUGCAACUCGAGGUUGUUUUGGCGGGAAAUCGCAUAGCCACCCUCGUCUUGUGAAGCAGAGACAACUAAAGAGUCAAUAAAGACGAAAACGGAAGGCGGAAAUUGUCUCUGUAUCCGUGUUGUCUAAAGUAUUAAGCUUACAUUAAUUGUCAUGUCCACAAAUAUGGAAAUGUUGAGAAAGAGAAAGACAGAGAAAAAGAGAAAGUAGGCGACAAGCCGUUGAAGCCUAACGAGAAGAAGAGCGACAGAGAGCUAGCACGAGAGACAAAAAGCAAAGGAGAUAUUUUUUUGUUGGAAGAACAACAUGAAAAUUUUGUAGCGCCGGUGAGAAAAUGAGAAGAGACAACUAGCGGCCACCAAGGUGAAAAUGAGCGGGAUUGAAAAAGGAGUGAACAAAAACACCUGACGUACGACAUUCGACAUUUCAUCCAUAAAACGUGUAACUAGAAAGUUUCUGGAGUUUUACGUUGUAGUCGUGCAAAACAAGGGCAAAGAAAUGUACAAAAAAAUGUGCUGCACGUGCAAAGUGGCUUUUUUGCUAAUUAGACCCAUUAUCGUUUUUUCACCGUUCUCGUUGGCUUCGCCGCUUAGCAUUACACGAUUUUAUAUUUUGUUUGAGCAAACUAUAAAUAUUAUCGAGGCUUCGCUUUUAGCCCUGGCUAAAUCUAUAUAUUAAACUCGUGUCUCGAAAAUCCUUUAGGUGCUUACCGUAAAUGACCUACUGUGUAAUAAAUGCCUAGGGCGUCUAUUUCUUUUUAGGGGUCCAAGAGGGGGCGUUUAAUAGACAGGCGGCGUUUAUUCUCAUAUUUACUGUAACAAUCCCAACAAAAUUAAUAUGCUUUCCGCGAAAAUAUCAAGAAGGUUUAAAAUAGCGGAAUAUCUACCCCAUCAAUGGAUAAGUCUAGGCCAUCUAGAGAUCCAUAUCGCUCUUUGAAAUCCCAACAUUGAUGUCAGCAUCCUCGCUCAUUAGUCGAGCUUGCUUGAGCAGAGCGAGACUCUCUCUCCCUCUCUUUUUUUUUUGUUUCGCGGGCACCAAUUUGGAGGCCAUGCUCCCAGGCAUUCCUAGCGGAGACCGUGGGAACUGGGGAUCAGAAUCGUGACGACUUUCAUUGUAUGCAAAUGAGACUUGUGAUGAGCAUGCGGCUUAUUUUCGGCGAUGACUGAAUUGACACAUGUAAGUUGAUGACGUUUUUCGCGCAAGCUGCUAGGAUGCCUCCUCAGGAUUUUGCCUUCUGGGCGAAAUCCCUGCGAGGGCAAUAAACCUGAGACAGAGCAGCUCGUUUUUCUGCUUUUUGAUGCAUGUUGUAUGGUAUUCAAAGGACAGGAUGGACCAGUGGUAAUAAUAAAUACUAAUUAAACUAUGUAGGAAGAAUUUACAGUCUACUAUUUUCAAGUAUUUGCUGAAACUUCUGUUUCAGGAGAACUCUCAGACAUAGUUGAUGCAAAAACAUUGGAAGAUGGUAUGGCCUGUAACUUUGAAUGUUUUGUUAUGUCAUGUUACUUACUUUACACCCGAACAGUAAUCUGGGACGUCAGUAUGCAAAUGCGCCCCGGCUGCCACCAUUGGUCCAUUUGUGAGCUUAAUCCUUGGAUAGUGUGAUCAGUGAAGUGAUUACAAAUGUACAUGUACACUGUAGAGGUACGUGUACAUGCAGACUACACCAUCUUUUCUUUUUCUAUUAAACAGCUCCAAGUGCUCCCCCGGUCAUCAAUAAGGCAGAAACUACAGCUGAAGAUGCUCACACUAUCAGAGUCACAUGGAAUGAGAUUGUCAAGAAAGACCAAAAUGGUGUCAUACUAGGUUACGUAGUGGCAUACAAUGUGAAAGGUCAACCUACACAGUUAAGCCUCAAUACAACUGAUACAAGUACAGUUAUUGAAGGACUAAAGCCAUACACAAGCUACUGCAUUAGAGUGCAAGGCUAUACUAAGAUUGGUGCCUCAGCUUGGUCUAACUGUACCACAGUGAUGACGUUACAAUCAGGUGAGGUAUAGUUCCUCAAUUGUGAUCAGUUUGAAAACACAAACCACAGUAAAAAAAAACUGUAACGAAACACAAACAAACAGAAAAGCCACCAGUGUUUGUUACAAGCUAAGGAAUCCUUUUGUUAAGUUGAAAGGCAAUUUUAUUGAACCUAAUAAUGGCCUUUUAAUUAAUUUAUAGGUCUGUGCGUAUGUGUAGUUCUUUUUAUUUUUAUCUUAUUGAAUUCUUUAAUUUUAAGUCCGUUUCUUUUGAAUAGUUGCUUUGUUUUCCUGUCAUUUCUCUAUCAGCUAAAUUGUAAAUACCCCAAAAUGGUCGGACGAAAAUUUUGUCCGACAUUUUUUCCAUUCGAAUAUCUAUCACAACGAUGUUUUCGUAAUCUGCAAUUGUAUUACAAAUAAUUAUGUAGGGACCGUUCUUGGUGAUUUUGUGAUGUAUUUAUUUCAUUGACUUAAGUUUUGGCUAUGAAAUGUGUGUAUUUGCUCAUACAAGCCAGUGCAUGUAUGUCAGCCAGUCAGAAAACUAGUCGAACGGUAGUGGAAUGUUAGUACAAUUUUACUAACUGAAGAGUUAAAACUGAACUUUAGGUCCAAGUCGUCCACAAGAUUUUUCCGUGGAAGCUUCCUCAUCUACUGCCAUUAAUGUAAAGUGGAGGGAACCAGCAGAACCAAAUGGAGUUAUACAAAACUAUUUGAUUGAAUAUGGAACAAGCCCAAACCAUCAACUCACAGAGAAAGAAGUUGCAGCCCGCAUAUUUCAAUACACCUUAACUGGCUUAGAAAAAUUUACAACUUAUUACAUCAAGGUCAGGGGAAAAACAAGCAAGAGAGGGAAUGCGUCAGAAGUAUUAAAUGCUACAACGUUUGAAGACCGUAAGUAUAUGUUUUUUUAUCGCUAAUGUACAGAUGUCUUGAGUAGUAUAGGAGGGACCGGUUACUCCGGUUUUUUGCGGAGGAUUCUCAUUAGAGUGCGGAGGAAUAAAUUAACGUCGCUGACGUCAUAGGCUAUUGUCUUGAUCUCAUGAAUAAAAUGCGCAGGAAUCUCAUUAAGAUAAGGUCGUGUGCUAUUUUAAGUUGGUUUAGGUUUUCUAGUUACUUUAAGGUCGAUAAACGUCUUCGUUUUCUAUUGGUUAGUUAGAAAAUAAGAAAAGUUUUCAUUGGUUAAUUCAUAGUGCCUGAGGAGUAAAGUCAAACUUGUCUCUGACUUAAAAUCACUGAGACGUAACGUAAUUAUGCAAGUUCUAUUUCCUGCUGCUGCGAUUGUCCUGGUUCCGGUUCACUGAUUUUUGGCAGGUAAAUCGUGCAUAUUAAUGAGGGCAAAGGCCAACUAGCUCUUUUUUACACUGCAAACAAUGUUUUACUCACCCCUCUCCUUUUCAUUUUUUUUUACUUUCCUCCUCCUCCACAAUUUUAUUAUUUUCGUUCCUCAAUUCCCUCCUCCUCCUCCUCCUCAUUUUUAUUGUUUUCCCUCCUCCUCCUCCUCCUCCUCCUUUUUGUUUUCCCUCCUCCUCCUCCUCCUCAUUUUUUUUGUUUUCCCUCCUCCUCCUCCUCCUCCUCAUUUUUAUUGUUUUCCCUCCCCCUCCUCCUCCUUUUUAUUGUUUUCCCUCCUCCUCCUCCUCCUCCUCAUUUUUAUUGUUUUCUCUCCCCCUCCUCCUCAUUUUUAUUGUUUUCCCUCCUCCUCCUCCUCCUCAUUUUUAUUGUUUUCCCUCCUCCUCCUCCUCCUCCUCCUCCUCCAUCUCCUCAUUUUUAUCGUUUUUCCUCGAAAAGGCCAAGAGGCUAAAAUCAGGCCUAUAUGGCCAAACUCAAAUGUGAUAGUCUGAUUUUAGCCUUUUGGCCUUUUCGAGGAAAAACGAUAAAAAUGAGGAGGUGGAGAAGGAGGAGGAGGGAAAACAAUAAAAAUCAGGAGGAGGAGGAGGGAAAACAGAAAUGAGGAGGAGGAGAAGGAGGAGGGAAAACAAUAAAAAUGAGGAGGAGGAGGAGGAGGAGGAGGGAAAACAAAAAUGAGGAGGAGGAGGAGGAGGAGGGAAAACAAUAAAAAUGAGGAGGAGGAGGAGGAGGGAAUUGAGGAACGAAAAUAAUAAAAUUGUGGAGGAGGAGGAAAGUAAAAAAAAAUGAAAAGGAGAGGGGUGAGUAAAACAUUGUUUGCAGUGUAAAAAAGAGCUAGUUGGCCUCUGCCCUCAUUAAUAUGCACGAUUUACCUGCCAAAAAUCAGUGAACCGGAACCAGGACAAUCGCAGCAGCAGGAAAUAGAACUUGCAUAAUUACGUUACGUCUCAGUGAUUUUAAGUCAGAGACAAGUUUGACUUUACUCCUCAGGCACUAUGAAUUAACCAAUGAAAACUUUUCUUAUUUUCUAACUAACCAAUAGAAAACGAAGACGUUUAUCGACCUUAAAGUAACUAGAAAACCUAAACCAACUUAAAAUAGCACACGACCUUAUGUUAAUGAGAUUCCUGCGCAUUUUAUUCAUGAGAUCAAGACAAUAGCCUAUGACGUCAGCGACGUUAAUUCAUUCCUCCGCACUCUAAUGAGAAUCCUCCGCAAAAAACCGGAGUAACCGGUCCCUCCUAUACUACUCACCACCACCACCACCACCACCACAUUUCUAUUGUUUUCCCUCCACCACCACCACCACCACCACCGCCACCACCACAAUUUCAUUGUUUCCCUCAAAAGGCCAAAGAGGCCAAAAUCAGGCCUAAAAGGCCAAACUCAAGGAGGGAAACAAUAAAAAUGUGGUGGCGGUGGUGGUGGUGGAGGGAAAACAAUAGAAAUGUGGUGGCGGUGGUGGUGGUGGUGGAGGGAAAACAAUAGAAAUGUGGUGGUGGUGGUGGUGGAGGGAAAACAAUAGAAAUGUGGUGGUGGUGGUGGUGGAGGGAAAACAAUAGAAAUGUGGUGGUGGUGGAGGGAAAACAAUAGAAAUGUGGUGGCGGUGGUGGUGGUGGUGGUGGAGGUAAAACAAUAGAAAUGAGGAGGAGGAGGGAAAACAAUAAAAAAAAUGAGGAGGAGGAGGAGGAAAAAUAAAAAUGAGGAGGAGGAGAGAAAACCAUAAAAAUGAGGAGGAGGUGGUGGAGGAGGAGGAGGAGGGAAAACAUAAAAAAAUGUGGACGAGGAGGAAAAAUAAAAAUGAGGAGGAGGAGGGAAAACAAUAAAAAUGAGGAGGAGGAGGAGGAGGAGGAGGUGGAGGAGGAGGGAAUAAAAAAUUUGAGGAAGGAAAAUAAUAAAAUUGUGGAGGAGGAGGAAAAUAAAAAAUGAAAAGGAGAGGGGUAAGUAAAACAUUGCUUGCAGUGUAAAAAAGAGCUAGUUUGCCUUUUCCCUCUUUAACAUACAAGAUUUGCCCGCCAAAAAUCAGUGAACCGGAACAAGGACAAUCACAGCAGCAGGAAAUAGGAAGUGCAUAAUUACGUUACGUCUCAGUGAUUUUAAGUCACCAGUAUACUUAAUUAAAUCCACCACAUUUUAUUCAUGAGAUGAGGACAAUAGCUUAUGACGUCAUCGGCGUUAAUGUAUUCCUCCCCACCUUAAUGAGAAUCCUCCCCAAAAAAGAGGCCUAAAACAUCCCUCCUAUACUACUGUCUUGGUUAUGCGUUUUUUGGUACUUAAUCCUUGAAGCAAAGAUUAUUUAUGGUACUUGAACAAACCCGACAGCUUAGGCAGUAGAGAACCAAUUUGAUUUGCACGAGGUCGCUGUUUUGAAUCCUACCCGUACUACAGUGUGACAUACGAUCAGGGUAUAUAUAUAAUGUUAGGAUUGCUCUAAUACAGACAAUCGUUUGUUCCAACACGCGUGACUUCUAUCCUUAUGAACUGAACGUGACUCACCAAAAGUCAGAUUGCAAGAGACUUGGAGUGGAGUAGAGUGGAGACUUUAUUUGGAGAGGGUAACACUUGAGUUCUACUCUAAAAACUGAUGUAAGCUCCAUUCACACAAUUAAAUAACUGGAUUCUUAAGUACGGGACCUUAUAAAAUAUACGGUGAACCCUCCCUAACAUGCACAACAUUGAUAGGGUCAAGUGUCCGCUUUACAGAGGUGCCUGCAAGGACAGCUUCGACUGCGCUGCAAAUUAUUUUGGAGAAAUAAAAGGAACUGGCGCAAAAAUGGAUAUUUAAAUAGUGCUACGACAACAACAUGUUUUACACCUCUGUUAUUUAUUCGUUUUCGUUCUGUAUUUCUGCAGGCCCUGGUCCCCCAGGAAAAUUUGUUGGUAGAGUCUUAUCAGACAGUGUAAUCUUCAUUACAUGGGAAGAACCUGUCAAUGCCAAUGGAAUCAUAAGAUCUUACCAUAUCAGAGCUUAUGAAACUAAAACUUGGAGAGAGGUCUAUAACAGAUAUGUGACCAAGGGACCCCAAAAAGAAGAGAGUCUACUAUCAUCCAACCUUAAGCCGUUUACAAACUUUAACUUUACGAUACAAGCCAGAACCAUUGAGCUAGGAGAGAUGGCUUAUUUCACCGCAAAAACACAGGAAGGAGGUAAAUUUAAAUUAUAUUUGUGCAUACCCUUGUACCCCACUUUUUUAUAGCUUAGUUAUUCUUUUUUAUUCGUACGAUUUUCCACGUCCACGGCCAAAGACGAAUGUACUAUUCCUUGUAGUUACUUGUAUUUAAUUUUGUUUGUAAACACAUUCAUGUAUUCGCCCACAGAGGAUUUUGGUGUUAACUCUUUCUCUGGAAUUUAACAAUAAAUUGAAUCAAAAUAAUGUUGAGGCCGGGGAUGCUUCGUUCGAAAAUAGACUAGUUUUCGCAACUAAGAAUCGCCUUAAAACUUCAGGUAUUUUGAUGCGCGAUUUGAAAUCGCACUUUGAAAACGUGGCAUGAAGAAUUGUGUAUCGAAAGAGGCAUUAUAUUACAUCAAAUUCUUAUCUGUCAAUUUUCUUUAACCUUUAGUGCCAGGUAAGCCGGUGAAAGUCAGGGCCAAGUUAGAGGAAGAUAAUAUUAACGUCUUAUGGGAAGAACCAGUUAAUCCUAAUGGAAUAAUCACAGAAUACAAUGUGAGUGGAAACUAUGUUUACAUGUUCUUUUAUCUAUUUUUGUAACCCAAUCCCCGCGUAAUACCUCCUUUAUGACAAGGCUUGUUCUCACUAGUAAUGCAUGGAAUAAGAAACGUAAUCAGAGGCAUAGAGCCUCGUCGUCUUGUUAAAACAGAGUCCCGCUUCCUCUAACGUCUCUGUUGCGCACUAUCUGGUGAAAACCAGAUUGCCGGAGUCGCAAGGAGAAGCAGUGGAAGAAACCUAAUCACCGUGUCGGCGACUCAUGGGAAGGGGUAUUGCGAAUGUUUUUUUUUUUUUCACUUCUCCUUCCGACUCCAUCCGACAUUCUGGUUUUCACAAGACUGUAAAUGGAAACGGUUUAUCCUAUGUUCACACUAUACCGGAUAGCUAGCUUCUCGUGCUUUCCGGUAUAGUAUGAGCAGCAACGGCAGAGAACUGGAACAAGUCGUUCACAUGCAUCAAGCCGUAGCGGUUAGCGGAGAGGGUUAAGUUCUCUACUUGGCUAAAGAACAUCCUUCUUUAGCAUUUUGCACUCAGUGGUUUUGUUUAACUUGAGGGAUCUUUAGAGACGUGCCCCACUUUUCAUUUCUUUUUCUUGAUGAUUUUUUUUCUACGAACUUUGAAACCGUUCUCCAUUCAUCAUUUAGGAACAAUUUCGAGAACAAAAUUAAGUUGUAAAACAUGCAAAUGGCCUGUAAAGCGUUUUCACGCACAUGGUCAGCAACUAUGCAAAUUUAUUGCGACAAAAAAAAGCGCGCACAAAAGAAAAGAAUUCAACUCCCACAGUAAUUGUUUGGGACACCAAAAUGGCCAAGGCUUGGCCCGGCCGGGCUGUCUUAUUGGUAUUUUGACACCAACAUGGCGGAAUUGACGUCAUGUGAAAAAGCAUAGAGGUAUAGAGAGGAGAUCUUAUACUGUGUUUUGUUUGUCCUUUUCUGUUUAGGUGUAUUUCAAGGGAAGAAGAGCGUAUAACAAUUCUGUCAAAGAUGAUUUAGUGUUUGUGGAAUCUAAAACGUCUCGGUACAGGUCUAUCACGAUAGCCUAUUUGAAACCUGGUACAGAGUACUCGAUACAUGUUACGGCGUUUACUAAGAAAGGAAAGGGUUUACCAAGUGACGCUGUUACAUUAAGCACACCGGCAAAAGGUAAUAGUCAACAUCAUCAUUGCGUACUGGCAGGUUUUAAAUAGCACUAUGACACUCUGCACUGAAUUUAGACCCUGACUGGUCAUUAUGCGGUGUUUCAGUACUUUGUAGCCUGAUACCCUAGAGUGUCAGCCGUCUCCUUUACCCCAAUCCCCACUCCUUCAAGGCGAGAUACAUGUACGUAGUGUGCGUUGCAUUGAUCUUAUUCUGGAAUAGGGGACGAGAAGAGUAUACAACCAUCCCCGAGAAGUGGAGGUGAAUAGUGGUGGUAUAUCCCGGACUCGAAGCGUCGAGGUAUAUUUCUAGCGCUAUGAACCGACCCUGAGGGGGGUAGUUGUUUUAGUAUUUACCAAAUCAGUUGGAUAAAAAUCAAAAAGGAACUUUUUCUAACUAAAAGACGUCACUUAGGUAGAGUUUGUUUACGUUUCAAUUGACAGUGUUUCGGGGAUCAUUUUUUACGAUUUUUGUUGCAAAUUCAGCGAGAAAAUGUUUUUCUACCGACCAGUAAACACCGACAAGCCAAAUUUUGUCUCUUCCUUGUUAUUUGUUGGCUCAGCUGCUUCAUUUACCGCUAAAAUUUUAUCUUUCGAAACUGUCGCGAAGCAAGAAGCCAUUUUGAAUCCCGUCCCAAAACAGUGAAUAUCCAAGGAUAUUCCGACUUACGGGAGCCAAUCAGAACGCGCGAAAAUUGCUAUCCACUGACUGGGUGAACACUGAUUAAAAAUGUCCGUUCGAUAGAUCAAACUAGUUAAGCGUUACUCGUAGUCCUGUAAAAGUCUUUUUAAAAAGAGGUUAUUUGCAAGAAAAUUCUUUUAAAAAAUGAUAAACAGAGCAGUUAUUCCCUUACCUCUCCUCUUCGAGCACCCGUUACGCAUUAUAUCUGCACACUUCUACGUCUCUGCUAUAUUGAAAAAUGUGUCUGGUUUUAGUAAUGAUAUCUUCUUACGGGGAGGGACAUUAACCAAUGGCCUAGUCCUUAAUCUGGAUAGUAAGGCAUUGCAAUUCAUCUGGCCUUUCACCCAAAACCUGCCCAGCAUGGUUGACCCACCAGGGACAAGGACCCAAGUGGUAUAGUUUCCAGGGUCGUCAAUGCAUACAGACCUCCCCACCACGUUAAGGCGCAAUAAUUAGCAACCGCCGCCUGGUUAGCUCAGGGGGUGCGCCGGUCUGCUGAGCGGGAGGUCGCGGGUUCCCACCCCGGCCGAACACUCAUGAUCUUAAAAUAACUGAGAACUAUCUGUUCUUGUUGGACGUAAAAGAACCCACACCACUGUUCGAAAAGAGUGGGGGACGUAGACCCCGGUGGUGUGGCCAUUCUUUACGGGUUGUGGGAUUGGUUUGGGAUGGCACCUCACAUGGGACCUAGGUCCCGUUCGUGCACAUUUCCUCUAGGCAGGCCUAUGUCCAGAACAGCUGGUUAAAAAAAUUAGGGAGCAGUAAAAAGUCUAAGUUAAAUCUUAUUAUGUCUUAAAAUGUUUCCCUUCUUCGUAGACGUCCAUUUCCGCAUGAUGUACAGUGUAUAAGCUCAAUUACGUUUCAUGAUAAAAGUUCUUGUUGCCAUCAUCAUUAUCAUUAUUAAAUAUGAUAUGAAAAUAGCCUCAUUCAAAGAUUUCAAACAGUAGAUAGUACUUAUGGCUGGUUGAAGUAAAUUUUCAGUGACAAAAAUUCUUCCCUCCUUCCUUAGACGUCAUUUCGCGGGGAAAUCAUUCGUGGCAUCGCUAAAUGUGGGCUGUUUUCUCAGACUAUUAUCUAAUAGGAUAAAGCCAUAUGUAUAAAAAUGUGAAAUAAAGCCUCCCCCACCUUCUUGGUCAUUUUUAUUUCUAGUCUAUUAAAUGACCUUUGCGUUUGCGGCGUUCAUCAUUUUUCUCUUGCAGCUCCUCCCCCACCACCACUCCCACUGGUUCUCAAGGGUAGCAUCAAACCUACCGAAAUGACAAUCUUCUUGACGAAAUCUUCAGAUAGCAAUGGAAGAGUUGUGUAAGUCUAAUAGAUUGUUUCAAAGUUUUUAACCACUCUUGUAACAAGUUAAAGUGACAGUGUCACUAAAAGAUAACCCUACUUGUACAUGUAAGAGAUCUCCCUCAGACCGAUUCUCGUAAGUGAUCAUGACCACGUUCUUUUCAGAGACUUUUCUCGUCGCGAAAGUCAAGAGAAAUGUCUCCGACCUGAGACCGGCAGUGUAUUUUUUUUCUGUUGAUUUUUUUUUCGACCCGAGGUCUGCCUGAAACUCUAUUGUCUAAACCAAAGGAUAUUGGUCUUUUUAUCGAUUCAGUUUUUCAAAAUUUUGUCGCGCACUGAUUUGUCUCAUUUCCAUAAUUCUGUCUUCUACGUUAACAGAUAUGGCACUGAUACCUUAUUCAUACAAAGCUUAAACAUCUUUAUGUGUGGUUGGUUGUUUAGUUCCUUACGUUGGGUCACCUUGUUAUUUAAGUUUGUCCAAGACUUGCCAGGUCGAGGCAAAGUGAGCGGAGUGUAAUUUUUAGGAGUUUCUAGGCGAGAGAAGCGAGCUUUUUAGGCCGUGAAGCGGCCGAGCGAGCGACAAAGUCGCGAGGAAGGACUUUUUUGGAAGUCUAAGUUUGUCGCGAAGUAAAAGUUAUCUUGGAUCCUACGUCGACGGUAAUUUUUCAAUUUUCUAGCAAGUAAGUCAGUCAGUCAGUCAGUCAGUCAAUCAAUCAGUCAGUAAGUCAGUAAGUCAGUCAGUCAGUCAGUCAGUCAGUCAGUCAGUCAGUAAGUAAGUAAGUAAGUAAGUAAGUAAGUAAGUAAGGUAAGUAAGUGAGUAAGUAAGUAAGUAAGUAAGUAGGUAACUUAAGUAAGUAAGUAAGUAACGCAUUUAUUUAAACACUAUCAAAUUACAGCAACGCUGAUGUGGUGGUGUGUAAAACUAAAAACUAAUGAGAACCAUUUACAUAAUUAAGAAUUAAAAUAAAUAAAACCGAUACGUUUAAGACAAUAAAAAAAGUGAUAUGUUUUAGACAAAAAAGCUAAAAUUGGAUGAAAAACCACAAAUAGCUAGUAUUAAAAAUUGCAUUGUAUAAAAUCUAGAAGACAAUUUCUUUACUCAGCGUUUAAAAUUUUCUUAACAGGUGAUUUUUCUCGUUUCAUCAUUGUUCGACAGAAGCACUGAUAUUUUGAACUUACUUCUUGACUAUCUUUUUCUUGGGGGUCGGCAUGUUGAAACAUAAUUGAUUUUUUAAACUGUACUGAUUUGGUUUCAUGCUUAACUAAUAAGUGUUUUAGUGGGGAGAGCAUGGGGUCGAAGUAACAUGUGUGAGAAAUAUGCUCCGAAGGCUUCCAUUUGAUACCCUGUGAACAGGCUCUCUGUUUGGGGAAAGGGUGAAAAAAUCUCGAGAAGAGGGAAGGGAAAGAUUUUUUCACCGUAUCCCCAAACAGAGAGUUUCGGUUCGCAGGCUGCCAUUUGAAAGUGUUCAAAACGUCUUCAGCUAGUGUGCACCGGUCUAGACGGUAAAUUAUUUUAGCAGCUCUUACGUGGAUGCGUUCAAGUUCGUGACACAAUGUUUUGUUGCACCCCACAAAAUUAGACCUUACGCAAUGAAUGGUAAUAUUACUUUGUGGUAGUCCAAGUCCAAGCGGGCGUCAACUUGUAGAAAAUAAACUGAUUUCAACAGGUUAACUUUCUGUGUGAACAAUUUCGACAAUUCAGAAACGUGUUUAGACUAUUUAAGUCACAUCGUCGUUUUAAGGGCAUAAAUUCUGUCUUGCCUGGGUGUUGUGUUAAAAAAUGUUGCGAAACCAGUUCGUGACUGUAUUCAAAAUGAGGCGGCUACCACGUCAGGAUUAGGACAAUUACAAUUACGUACAUGGUGGUAUAUCGUCAGCAUACAUGUGCAGUUCACCAUCACCGUCACUGCAAUGUCUGGCAAAUCAUUAUAGAAGAGAGAAAAUAAGAAGGGACCGUGCACAGAUCCUUGAGGGACUCCAAGCGUAACUUUACUUGAGCAAGAACAACAGCCAUUAACAGUGGUGACUUGAUGACGAUCAACUUGCAACUUUUGAAGCAGCACAUAAUGAGAAAUAGAAUCAAAAGUUAGUCCAGGAAUACGAUCCCGACUACCAUGUUGUUGUCAAGUGCUCUCUUCCAAUCUUCGGUCAAAUGUUCAGUACAAUGAUCUUUCUUGUAUGCCCACUGAUGUGGGUUACUAAGGUUGUUGCAUUGUCAGAAAUGUGAGACAUGAUACAUGAAGCAACUGCUGACUCCAUAGUUUUACCCGAAACGCUUAGCAAUGAAAUGGGGCGAUAGCUGCAUUAGCCUGUUUCAUGAUCCUUUUUAUACAUAGUGAUAAAGUUGGCUAUUUUACAUUUGCAGGAACAACGUUGUAGUUCUAAUUCCUCUAGCUGUUUUUCAUUUUCUCACAACCUGUCGGUUAAAUAAACAUGUUUUGUUGGUGUAAAUGAGACGUAAGUUUGUACUCCCUCGUUAAAGGCUUAAAUGUGUAUUAUUUUGUUGUAUUAAACUAGUAUUCAUGAAGUUGUAGUGGAAAAGGUCGCAACAGUCAGCAAACGGUCAACCUCCUCUUUACCAGAAACCAUUCUUGGCUACAAAGAGGCAAUGGCCAGUGGGGAUCAAUAUUAUAUUGCUGCCAGAUUUGAGCGAGAUAAAGAACAGGUUCCUAGAAGGUUUGUCCUUGGUGAUGGAGAGACCUAUGGUGGUUACAAUAAUGCGCCAUUGGAGCCGAUGACAAAAUACAAGGUGUAUGUGAGAGCAGCAACUGAAGUUAAUGGGGUAAGAAACAAA